GUCCAAUUCUUACCACUGAACCUUUUAUUUUAACUAGAAAGCAAUAUGUGAACCAACCUUUGUGAUUUUUAAACGCCAAAAACUAAAAUGUCCCUUAUCCCGCCCUGUACAUUUUGACGUAUGUUUACAAAACAAAAGCACCCCAUCGCAAGAAAAAUAAAGCGCAUCGACGUUUCGUAAUGAAGCUGUAGAACCGUGUUAUAGACCAUCAUGAACUGUCGAUCAGAGGUCCUGGAGGUGUCAGUGGAGGGCAGGCAGGUGGAUGAGGCCAUGCUAGCCCUCCUGCACACGAUCCUCCUGCACCGCAGCACGGGCAAAUUUCACUAUAAAAAAGAGGGCACGUACUCCAUCGGCACGGUGGGAACUCAAGACGUGGACUGUGACUUCAUCGACUUCACAUUCGUGCGAGUGUCUUCUGAUGAGCUGGACAGGGUUAUCAGGAAAGCGGUAGCCGAAUUUAAGGAUGCUCUUGGCAAUUCCGGAAGUGAUGGCAUGGGUCAGAUCUCUUUGGAGUUCUACCAGAAGAAGAAGUCACGCUGGCCCUUUUCCGAUGAAUGCAUCCCUUGGGAGGUCUGGAGCAUCAAGGUGAACGUGGUGAACCUGGCCAACGAACAGGAGCGUCAGAUCUGCAGGGAAAAAGUUGGCGAGAAGCUCGGCGAGAAAGUCAUCAACAUCGUGGAGGUGAUUAACCGUCAUGAGUAUCUUCCCAAGAUGCCCACACAGUCAGAAGUGGACAAUGUGUUCGACACGAGUUUGAAAGACGUCCAGCCGUAUCUGUACAAGAUCACGUACCAGAUCACAGAUUCUCUGGGUACGUCAGUGAGCACUACCAUGAGGAGGCUGAUCAAAGACACGCUGGCAUUGUAAAGAAUGUGACAGUGAAGCUGCUGGAGGCCUGAUGAUCUUUGGACAUUUAUGAUGAUCUUGUAAAAAAAAUUGAAAAUCACAUUACAUUGGUCUUUAGUGGGAUUUAGAAUAAAUUCUCUACUCUUUUCCUGUAUAAUAAUGGUAUCCACUAUCUUUGCAUCAGCUAAUUCAGAAAAGCAUAUAAUUCAGUUACUUUUGUUGUUGUUGUUUUUUAAUAAACCUAAUUAUGCCCCCUAAA